AAUAUUAAUUCUGAUUAAAUCCGUCCGAUUUCAGUAGCCGGUCACACCAAUUUUUAUAAUACAAAACGUAAGGCAUCUAUUUAUUUAUUUAACGUAAUCAAUAAAAUGAGGACCAAUCAUGCUCAGACACUUGUGUUUUGGCAUUUCCCGCCAAAUCCUCUAAACAAAACCCUAAUUUCGUCAAUUGACAGCAGAAGGAGGAGAUCGUGGAACUUGGAUCAUAAUUUUCAAAAUUGAAAGCAGAAACAAGAUGCAAAUCAAGGUGAAGUGCAGUUGUGGAGAAGGCGACUGCCCGGAGUGGGCAAUUGUGGAGCUUCAGGGUGUCGUCGAAGCCCAACCCCUAUUUCAGGACCGCAUUCAAAAUCUCCAGAUCGGCGUUCUCUGCCGCCCUUCUUCUCAGGAAAGUUACACAUUUACAGUUGGGUACCAUGAGCUGAUAGGGUCAAAAGUCAGUCUGAAGAAACCGAUUUUAGUGUUGAAGAAGAUUAAGCUCCACAACAAAGAAGAAGAAGAAGACGACGACGAGGAAGGUGCCGGCGGUGUAAAUUCUUCUAAGGCGGUAGAAUUGGAUGUGAUUGGAGUUAUUCGCCACAAGAUAUUAUUCAAGACCAGGCCUAAAGCUCUUAUAACUAAAACUCAACCAUUUGUGAAGGAAAAAAUCGGUGCGCCCAGUCCUCUGUUGCCACACUGAUUCGAUCGAGCUGUGUUAGUCGUAAACCCGGUGGAGGUAAAUUACAUGAGGAUACUAUUGGAACUUGUGGUUUUUGCAUGUAGCUGCUGUAUAAGCAUGAAUUAUCGUCUCGCAUAACAUUUAUUUUUCAAUUCUGUUAUCAUAAUUUGCAUGUAAAAAAAGAAUUUUACUUGAAAGAAGUGGCUAUCUGAGAUCAAAUUUGUAAUAAUAAAUCGACAAGUUGAAUUAUUUAGUAAUGCAAAGUUUACGAUUAUAUACA